GUAAAAAUGAUCGUAAUUAAGACUCUUCUGUUAUUAUUUGUUCCUUUUUGCUUCAGCAAAAGUGCCGAAGUGACUUUUAAGGAUGUCACAUUCAAAGGAUUUAGUGUUUAUACAGAAAAGUUCAAGAAAACAAUCCCGUCUGGAAACAAACUUGUAGAUUUUUUGCCAGAAAGAACUGUUUAUGAUGCCAUUGAAAUGAAGGAACAACAUAUACCUGUACUUACUGAGGGCUCGUUGGCAGACUUAGACCAGUUGGACGAAUUGGUUAUUGAAUACUGUGAUGUUGAAGAAGUUGAAUCUGGAGCUAUCAGUAAUGUUCCUAACCUGAGAAAACUGUCAUUGAAAGGAAAUGCCAUUAAGUCAAUAGCAAAGGAUGUAUUUUCCCAUUUAGGAAUAUCUACACUAGACCUUAGCCUCAAUCAAAUAUCAACCAUCCAUCCACAGGCCUUUGAUAAUAUGCCCGAACUCUUAAACAUUCAACUUGCUGAUAACUUUAUAACGCAAUGGAAUCCAGAAUGGCUCAAGAAUACUCCGCUAUUGACAAGAAUCUCGGUUCAGAAUAAUUCCAUCGAAAAGCUACCAGCUCAUGGAUUUAAAAAUAUGGCAGGUGAAAAAAAGUAUGGAAAAAUAGACCUUAGUAUUAAUCUGGUAUUUAGUCAUAAUAAAAUAAGUGAGAUAGAUCCUGAAGCUUUUUCGGAUCUUCACAGAAUUAACAACUUGUGGUUAGAUAACAAUGUUCUAGAAAGUUUCGAUGAAAACCUUUUAACGGGAAUAAAAAUUAACGAUUUAAGACUCAACAAAAAUAAUAUUAAAUGUUUAGAUGGUAGUUUAGAUAAAAUACUUAAAGCAGAAACGAAUCACAUAGAUUCGAAUCCAUUCGACUGUAAUUGCUUAGAGAGGAUCAAGGAAUGGUCAAAUAAAAAGAAGAAUGUCGAUUUUACCUUCGCUGAAAUGGAGUGCACAGCACAAAGAAUAAAAGUUAAGAUGACAGCACUAGAGAAGAGAUUGAAAGAGUUAAAAGGAGAACGAGACGUGCCGAAAGAAGUAGAAGAAAUAGAAGUUUUUGAGACUAAACCUAAAAAUAGAGCAAUUAAAUACAUCAGAUUUUAAUAAUUAUCUGCGUAGUAAUUUAGUGAGUUAUAUUUUAUAUGGGUAGUCAAUUAUUAUUAUAUUGUAAUUAGUUCUAAUAAACAAUUAUUUUAUUGUCAAAUUAA